CCAAAAUGCCGCCCAAGAUCUUCUACAAUGAGAUGUGCGCCCAGAGCAGGGCCGUCGCGCUGCUGCUGGGCGCCGCGGACCUGCAGGCCGACCUCCACCAGGUCAGCCUCUACGGGAAGGAGCAGGACGCGGACCUGCUGCAGAUAAACCCCCACCACACCGUGCCCACCCUCUCCGACGGCGACUUCACCCUCUGGGGUAGCCACCCCAUCGUGACCUACCUCAGCAGCCAGACCGGGCGCGACGAGCUCUACCCCAAGGAGGCGAAAGCCAGGGCCGUCGUCGAUCAAUUCCUCCACUUCGAUUCAGGCGUCUUGUUUCCUAGAGUCAAUAACAUUAUCAAUUCCAUAGUCGUGGAAAACGAGAAAGAAAUAUCGACGAAACAUAUAAGUGCAAUUACAGAAUCCUACAAAUUUUUAGAUAAGUUUCUACAAGACAAGAACUACUUAACCGGUCCAAGUCUGACGGUGGCUGACUUGUGUUGCGUCGCAACAGUCAGUACAGCCACCAUCAUCACGCCCAUAUCAACAGAGAAGUAUCCCAACCUGUCCACAUGGUAUAGAACCUGCAAGAACCUUCCAUACUACGAGCAAGGCAACGGUGUGGGUCUGAACAAACUCGACGCUCUCGUUGAACUUAAAUUAGGAAGACCUCGAACCAAAGACUUCUGUGAAUAAACCUUCUAUGUGUGGUGGAAAGUGAAGAUCCUCAACUGGUCUUAUGUUUCUCGUGAUAUUUUACAUUAAUUAAUUUAUUUGAUGCUUUUAUUAUGGAUAGAAUAUUUAUACAUAUUAAUGGAGAUGUGAAUCAAUUAAAUAUUGCCUUCA